GAAGCUGACACACAGACCGACACAGGCAGCGAGAGACACGCGGAGCAAAGCAAGUGAAGGCACAGACGCGCGGGACAGGAGAGCCUGGGCGAGACUGGAGAGGUGCGGUGAGGGGCUGGGGAAGCAGCAACACAGAGCAGGAGCAGGUAGAGGGUGUGGGGUUAGAGGGAGAAAGGUACGGGGAGGACAAGGACGGGGGGGGGACAGAGACAGGGAGAUAACAGCAAGAGACCGAGAGACAGAGAGGGAAAGAGCUGGCGAUGCCCGGAUGUUCUCUGUCUCUUUAAUGGCAGAAACAGAGCUAGAGAAGGAAAGAAAUAGGAGGGUGUGGGGGGGGUGUCAGGCAUGGUGGCUCACGCCUGUAAUCUCAGCACUUUGGGAAGCCAAGGUGGAUGGAUCACCUGAGGUCAGGAGUUCGAGACCAGCCUCACUAACAUGGUGGAACCCGUCUCUACUAAAAAUACAAAAAUGAGCUGGGUGUGGUAGUGGACGCCUGUAAUCUCAUCUACUCCAGAGGCUGGGGCAGGAGAAUCGCCUGAACCCAGGAGGCAGAGGUUGCAGUGAGCCGAGAUCAGGCCAUUGCACUCCAUCCUGGACAACAGAGUGAGACUCCGUCUCAAAAGAAAAGAGAGAAAGAGAAAUAGGAAAGUGGGGAGAGACAGAGAGAGAGAGAUACUGGAGAAGCCAGAGGGGAGAGGACUACAUACUCGCACAUACAGGAGAACUGGGGGUUGGCUGGGAGGCCCCAGCUGCCACAAGGACUGGCCAGCAGGGACAUCUGAGUGGGCUGGGUGGUGGGGGUAGCCCUGGCUCCCUCUGACCCCCUACCUCCCACCUUGGGAACCCUCCAGCCCAUACCUGGGAUGGCGGAUUCGUGCAGGAACCUCACCUACGUGCGGGGCUCGGUGGGGCCGGCCACCAGCACCCUGAUGUUCGUGGCCGGCGUGGUGGGCAACGGGCUGGCCCUGGGCAUCCUGAGCGCGCGGCGACCGGCACGCCCCUCGGCCUUCACGGUGCUGGUCACCGGGCUGGCGGCCACCGACCUGCUGGGCACCAGCUUCCUGAGCCCGGCCGUGUUCGUGGCCUAUGCGCGCAACAGCUCCCUGCUGGGCCUGGCCCGAGGCGGCCCCGCGCUGUGCGAUGCCUUCGCCUUCGCCAUGACCUUCUUCGGCCUGGCGUCCAUGCUCAUCCUCUUCGCCAUGGCCGUGGAGCGCUGCCUGGCGCUGAGCCACCCCUACCUCUACGCGCAGCUGGACGGGCCCCGCUGCGCCCGCCUGGCGCUGCCGGCCAUCUACGCCUUCUGCGUCCUCUUCUGCGCGCUGCCCCUGCUGGGACUGGGCCAACACCAGCAGUACUGCCCCGGCAGCUGGUGCUUCCUCCGCAUGCGCUGGGCCCAGCCGGGCGGCGCCGCCUUCUCGCUGGCCUACGCCGGCCUGGUGGCCCUGCUGGUGGCUGCCAUCUUCCUCUGCAACGGCUCGGUCACCCUCAGCCUCUGCCGCAUGUACCGCCAGCAGAAGCGCCACCAGGGCUCUCUGGGUCCACGGCCGCGCACCGGAGAGGACGAGGUGGACCACCUGAUCCUGCUGGCCCUCAUGACGGGAGUCAUGGCCGUGUGUUCCCUGCCUCUCACGAUCCGCUGCUUCACCCAGGCCGUCGCCCCUGACAGCAGCAGUGAGAUGGGGGACCUCCUUGCCUUCCGCUUCUACGCCUUCAAUCCCAUCCUGGACCCCUGGGUCUUCAUCCUUUUCCGCAAGGCUGUCUUCCAGCGACUCAAGCUCUGGGUCUGCUGCCUGUGCCUCGGGCCUGCCCACGGCGACUCGCAGACACCCCUUUCCCAGCUCGCCUCAGGGAGGAGGGACCCAAGGGCCCCCUCUGCCCCUGUGGGAAAGGAGGGGAGCUGGGUGCCUUUGUCAGCUUGGGGCGAGGGGCAGGUGGCGCCCUUGCCUCUCACACAGCAGUCCAGCGGCAGCGCCGUGGGAACGUCGUCCAAAGCAGAAGCCAGCGUCGCCUGCUCCCUCUGCUGACAUUUCGAGCUGACCCUGUGAUCUCUGCCCUGUCUUCGGGUGACAGGAGCCAGAAAAUCAGGGACAUGGCUGAUGGCUGCGGAUGCUAGCACUUUGGCCCCCAAACUCUGGGGCCGAUCGGCUGCUGUUUGGCCUGAGGCAGGGUGGUCGCUGCUGGCUCUGGAAAGAGAGUGAGGGACAGAGGAAACGUUUAUCCUGGAGCGCAGAAAGAAUGGUUCUCUCAAAAUAACCAGUGGCCUGGCCGACCUGCUCUGGCCCUGGAUUCCCCAUCCAGCUCACUGUCUAAAUAUUUAGAAGGCGGAGAAGUUCCCAGCGGCUUCUGUACACUCAGGUCUGCUCUGGUCUGGGUGCUGGCUCCAAUCUGCAUCCACUUAGGGGGCCCAGCUGCCCACCCCAAGUCCCCAGGGAAUGGCCCUCCCCUCUACCAAGCCACUCCAAGAGCCAGCCCCUCUCUGCUCCAUAAAAACCAGAGUUAUUGGAAAAGCUGCCUGCCUUCCCUUGCCGCUGGUCCCCCAUCAGGCUUGGGAGCCCUGGCAUCCCAAAGGGGCAAUGGGAGGAAGGGGAGGCUGCUGCAUCGUGGGUAACAACGCAGGACAUGUGCUUGGUACAAAAAGGGCCUGAGACAUUCCAUCUAGCUUGACGGGCUGCGAGAUGAGACCCUGGGGGGGUGCAGGUGGUCGGGAGACAGAUGGAGAAGCUGGCAGAUGAAGGGUGGGGGCUGCGGAUCCCAGGGACUGCCCCAGAACAAGAACCUAAGUCCUGUGCCUGUCCCCAGGGUCCUGAAUAAAUAAAAGCCUUCUUACAGA